AUGGCAUGUCCCCGGACAAUCAUCAUUAUUGGCUCAGGUGUCUUCGGACUGUCAACGGCCUACGCCAUGGCCAGAGAUGAUGCGUUUGCCCAGACAUCUAUCCUAUUGCUUGAUGGCUGGGAAUUUGAACCGUCCGGGACCGCGACAGGCAUUUCCGUGAGCAAUCCUGGAUCUGCAAACCACGAUACAUCUCGGAUUAUCCGGAGUGAAUACCCCCAUGGCCCGUAUGCAGUCCUCGCAAAGAACGCCCAUGCUCAAUGGCGGGGACUAUGGGGGGAAAAUGGUCGUUACGUGGAGCGACGACUUCUACUAUCUGCACAAGGUAGCUCAUUAAGGAAUCCAAAGGUAUCGGGUGAGACUGUCAACUACGUGAAAAACGCGUAUGAGCUCAGUGGUCAAUUAUCCUCCGGGGGCAAAUCUAGUCUUCAAGUUCUCGACUCCCUGUAUCAGAUCCGGACUGAGCUGGGACUGUCUGCUUCUGCUUCUGCUGUCCAGAAUACGGAGAGGGAUCUCCGUGGUUACAUCUCUCAAGACGCCGGGUGGGCUGAUAGCGGCGCCACCAUGACAUGGCUCCGACAGAAGGUCCUUCAAACUGGUCGCAUCCGCAUUCAGACUGGCAAUGUUCAAAGCCUAAUCUAUGUUGAUGCCACUACACUUGGGCAAAAUUCUGUGGUUCGAGGAGUUCGUCUAGACAAUGGACAUGAACUGUUCGCCGAUCUUACUAUUGUUGCUGCAGGCAGCCAUACCCCACGACUCCUCGAAAUGGACACGCUUUGCGAUGUCUACAGCGAACUUGUUGCCUAUAUCCAGCUUUCUCCAGAAGAGUGUCAUCAUUUCAGACAGUUGGACAUUCCCAUCAUUGUGAAUGCUGAUCGCUGUGUUUUUGCAAUCGCUCCGGACCGCGAAGGUGGGCUAGUCGAUGUUCGGCAGUGCGCGGGAGUUACCGUCGGUCCUCGACCAAAUCGUCUACCGCCUCGUGAACAGUGGAGUGAUCCUCACUUUGGCUGGGGAGGCGAAAUUGACCUGACCAAGGGCCUUGACGAGCGAGGCCAACAAACCCUGGCGGACUAUCGGGCAUUCCUGGAUGAGCUCUUUGUGUCGUCUGGAGUUGAAUCAGAAGGAAAGUCGUUUGAAGAUAUCGCUCGGCGCCCAUUCACCAAAAUUCGUCGAUGCUGGUAUACAGAUACACCUGGAACGGACUUUGUUAUUGAUUACCAUCCUGCCUCUGCAUGUACCCUUUUUGUGGCAUCCGGAGGCUCCGAUCAUGCUUUCAAGUUCUUACCGGUAAUUGGAGAAAAGAUUGUGGCUAUCGUGCUUCAAGGCCGAGGUGUGCCAUCCGAUUCUGACGAUGAUGCCAACUUGACUGUGCUGCGUGAAGCUUGGCGGUUUCCACGUAUUUCGAGUAGCAAUCUUUGA